CCGUGAUGUGUUGAAAUUGUUAGAAAUGUAUGCAUUAAUGGAAUGUGUGUAAUUUAUUGAUAAUUAUCAAUUGAUUUCAUAUUUCAUGAGAAUCAGACUAGUGGUUACAGGUUGAAUUUUUUAUCAAACAAUAUAGUCAGUCAUUUCUCCACAGUUGUAAAGUUCUAACUUUGUACUUAGUGAAUAGCGAUUUAAUAACUUUAAAAUCGUUUACCAGUUAAUAAAACAGUUUUUCUCUAAAAUGGUGACUAUGGUGCAAUUGAAAGGAUUUGAUGAAUUCAAUAAAUAUGCGCUUGACAUUGAUCCGAAUGGUCCACCAAUAUUUUUCUAUUUUAGCGGGGAAAAGUUGCCGGAUGGUCGUAGUUGGUGUCCAGAUUGUAAUGAUGCUGAACCAAUUGUGAAAUCUUACCUGGGUGAACUGCAGAAGAGUAUUAUUUUCGCAUAUGUUGAUGUUGGCGAUGUCACUACUUGGAAGGACAAGGCAUGCCCAUUCAGGACAGACAAACGCACAAAGCUGAUGGUUAUUCCAACUAUAAUCAGAUGGAAUGGAGUCCAAAGACUGGAAGGAGAACAGUGCUCAAAGAGAGAACUCUUGCAGAUGAUAUUUGAGGAAGAAGACUAAUUGAUGAAAAUAUAUCUUUGGGGUAGGCAACGAGUGCGUGGGACCCCUUUAUUGAGCGGGCAAAGGCCUUAUUAGGUGGCCCAUACACUUGCUACUAUUGUAAAAGUAAUUUGAGGUGCUGAUCCAGUUAGCUAUAUUGUAUGGUAUGCAUUCACAAUCAUGCUUUUCCAAUGCAAUCAUCCAGUGCAGUAGAUAUUAUACACUUCCGUCUUCCACUUCAUCGACAUUUAUAACUUUUUCUUUGCCAGCUCGUUGGUUUAGUUUUUAUGCAUACCAGGUAUAAAUUAACAUAAAUCCAUUAUAAGAUAUUUGGGAGAUAAAUAAAGGCCUUUUGGAAUCUUAAAAAUAUCAUACAAUAUAAUAACUAUUUCAGCCUUGUUGAUUUGAUAUAAAUAUUAAAGGUGUAUAUAACAAAGUGUAAUCAUAAGAAAUAGUUAUCUCCAAAUCUAUCGAAGCAUUUAUAAAUUUGAUAAAUAAAAAGAGUCAUAAAAAUAUAUCUUUUAUUUUAACAAGUAUAAAACCUUAUCAUACAUUGUAUCUACCAUGAUACACUAGAUUGUUUGAGCACCUUUAUAGUAGAAAUAUUUUAUCACUGACCUAUAUUUAUAUCUAUUUGUAUUUAGUUUUAUGUACAUUUUAUAAAAUUGAUAAAGCUAUGGUUUGGCUAUGGAUGUCGAAUAUUUAAAAGAAAUGUUAUGCAUCCUCCCGUGUGGCAGUCUUGCCCCAUCCGGUAUG